CAUAUUUUAGCAGCAUACUCUUGCAGCCUUUCGAAGACGUCUUAGCAAAAUAGCCUCGGGAGACACGUUGAAUAGCACUGAUAAACACGCAGCUGAGGGAUUUAACAGCCUUCCACAUCAAGGACUCUGUGUCUGACUGUGCGAUCCAGAUCCUGUAGCUACAAUAUCUCCCGCCAUUGACCUCCCAAACGAGCACGCCGCAUCAUUAUGAGAAUUGGUCUGGGCGGUACAGAGCAGAGUAGAGUAGAGCAGCAGAGCGAGUGAGCCACAUCCGCCACUGGAGGGAUCUAAUCUGUGCAAUCUGACGCUCAAGGAUUUAUAGGUUUAGUCAAAAUUGCUUUUCUCCACUGUGGAGAUUAAGCACCGUGGGAUGUUUUGUUGGUCAGGCCAGAGCUGCUGCUUCUUACCCGGCCCGAAGCUGUUCUGCUGAAGACAAUGUCCCAGGACCCACGCAGAGAGGUUUUAUCCCUAUUGGGGUGUGGAAUUUGACUGGAAUUUGAGGGGUCCGCGGUGGUAUGUGCACCAUGCAAGUGGAUACUGUGUUUGUGCUGUUCUGCGUCUGCCUCAUGGGGGUUGCUGGGAGAUCAGCUCAUCAAAGAGGCCAAAAGCUAGAGACCUACAAACAAAGCAGAUCCAGGAGACAAACGUCAAGAAUGGAUGGAGGAACUCAUAGCAAGUCUGAAAGACCAAUGCUAAAGCGAAGUUCAGACAUGACAAAAUCUCCCAUGACAAAAUCUGAGCAGCUCCUAAGAAUAGAUGACCAUGAUUUUACCAUGAGACCAGCAUUUGGAGGACCCCCUAUUCCAGUUGGGGUAGAUGUUCAGGUUGAAAGUCUGGACACAAUCUCUGAAGUGGAUAUGGACUUCACCAUGACCCUGUACCUGAGGCACUACUGGAAGGACGAGCGCCUAUCCUUCCCCAGCACCAAUAACCAGAGCAUGACCUUCGACAGCAGGCUGGCCAAGAAGAUCUGGGUUCCUGACAUGUUCUUCGUCCACUCCAAAAGGUCGUUCAUUCAUGACACCACCACAGACAACGUCAUGCUGAGGGUGCACCCUGACGGAAAUGUGCUCUACAGUCUAAGAAUCACAGUCACGGCCAUGUGCAACAUGGACCUGAGUCGCUUCCCUCUGGACACACAGACCUGCUCGCUGGAGAUAGAGAGCUACGCGUACACGGACGAUGACCUCAUGCUGUACUGGAAGAAAGGCAACGAGUCACUGAACACGGACGAGAGGAUAUCUUUAUCCCAGUUCCUCAUCCAGAAGUUCCACACCACUACAAAGCUGGCCUUUUAUAGCAGUACAGGCUGGUACAACCGUCUGUACAUCCACUUCACUCUACGACGCCACGUCUUCUUCUUCCUGCUCCAGACCUACUUCCCUGCCACCCUCAUGGUCAUGCUGUCCUGGGUCUCCUUCUGGAUUGACCGCAGGGCUGUCCCCGCUAGGGUCCCUUUGGGUAUCACCACGGUGCUCACCAUGUCCACCAUCAUCACUGGAGUCAACGCCUCCAUGCCCAGAGUGUCCUACAUCAAAGCGGUAGACAUCUACCUGUGGGUCAGUUUUGUGUUUGUCUUCCUCUCGGUCAUAGAGUAUGCAGCGGUCAACUACCUCUCGACCGUGCAGGAACGGAAAGAGAGGAAGCUAAGAGAAAGGUUGCCCUGUACCUGUGGCAUUGGCAACCCGGACGACAUGACGUGCGACCCCCAGAUCUCCGGCUACACCACCAUGGACGUCAACAGCACAGUGAACUAUGGCACAGCAGGGAACUAUGGGAUGCCAGAGAACGGCGGCAGGCAGGAGAGGAUGUUGGCCCAGGUGGUUCUGGGGGAUCCCCAGCUCACGGGCCAGGUAAAGAGGCCAGGCUAUGUGAACAUUUGGAUAGACACCCACGCCAUAGACAAGUACUCACGGGUCCUAUUCCCUGGUUCCUACGCCCUGUUCAACAUCAUCUACUGGUCCAUCUACUCCUAA